AUGGAAUCCCCAUUUUCUGACAUGGAUUGGCUCGAUACAGCAUCGCACACUCUCGACCUUGCGAUACAAAAAGGUCUCUAUGCAGACUUCAGUCAUUUGAAAUCUGAUCUUGACCGUGUUCGUUUCAUUCAUAAUCACCGUGUAACUCUGCUGUCGAAUACAUUCGAACGAUAUUUAUCAUCAACAGCAUCGUCUCAGACGAAAAAUGCAACAACAGCUAUUAGUUUUCGGAAAAAAGGAAAUGAUUAUUUCGUGAAUAAAAAUCUUUCGCGGGCAGCAUGGUGUUAUCGAGCAAGUAUUGCAUUGUCAACAGUGAACAGUCAAGAUAUGGCACUUUCAUACGGAAAUCUAUCAGCUGUACUUUUCGAAUUAAGUCAUUAUCACGAGUCGAUACGAGCGAUUCAACUAGCGAAUGAUUUCUAUCCCAAUGAGUUGAAGUUUAAGUUGGUCUUUCGUCGGGCGGCUUGCUAUCAUAAGUUAAAUGAUCCUGAACGAAGUGCCUAUGAAUUGAAGAUAUGUCGUGACUUAAUCAAGAAAACAGCUGGUCUCGAUAGAAAGAAAAUCGAUUCAUUUUGUAAGGAAAUGGACCAGUUAAGUCAACAAAUAGCAUUGUUAAACCAACGAAAAGUAGAAGAAAAAGAAGAAGAGGCCACACAACAAAAGCCAACGACAUCGUAUAAAGAUUUAGACGAUCUUGUCCAAAAUUCACAAACACCGACGGACACUUUAGCAUCACGCUUAACUAAACCAACGGAAAAGGCUCCGAUUGACACCGAAUUUUGUCCACCGUCACCUCCAUCGCCACCUCGAAGUGUUUUUCUUAUAGAUGAUAUCAAACUCUUACUGAACGGGCCGAAUGAACAGGUACCAUGUGCAAGUUCAACUUUAAGCAUGGUUUACUCAAAAGAAAAAGGUCGACAUAUCAUCGCCAACCAAGAUCUCCCAUCGGAUGCCUUGAUUCUUAACGAACGUCCGUAUGCUUGUUUACUAUUACCGAAAUUUGCUUACACUUACUGUGAUCACUGUUUAACAUCCAUCGUCAUUCCAUACGUAUGCCCACAAUGUUCUCAUGUUCUAUUCUGUAGUGAACAUUGUCAACAACGUGCACUUAAUAGUUAUCAUCAAUAUGAAUGCAAGCAUAUUCAUGUACUUAAGACAUUAGGAAUUGCUUUUCUCGCUUAUCGUACAUUGACAAUUACUGAUCAUGAAACAUUGUGGACAACGAUUACACAAACAACACUUCCGAAUGAAACUGAGACGAAAACCAAUUCUUACCAAUCAGAUUAUUUGUCUAUUCAGAAAUUAAUUACACACACAGAACAAAUGUCUGUCGAUGAUCUAUUUCAUUACUCGCUGACAGCAUAUCUCCUUUCGGAAAUAAUCAAAUCGACGAAUUUUCUCCAAUGUAACCAGGUGAAAAAACGUGAUACAGAACAAAUUCUACUUGCAUCGGUAUUACUCAAGCAUAUUCAACAGAUGAUUUGUAAUGCCCAAACGAUAUCGAUUACUAAAACGAAUCAAAUCAACGAAAUGAUUUUCGAUCAUGACGAUGAUCAGGACGAAUUAACCAAGCGCUUCGCUUCGGCAAUAUUUCCAACAUGUGCACUAAUGAAUCAUUCAUGUGUACCGAAUAUUCGAUGCGUUUUCGAUCAAGGCUACUUACGUGUAUAUACUGCAAGAUCAAUACGGCAAGGUGAAGAAAUUUUCAAUUGUUACGGACCACAAAAAUCGCUGGUGCCAUCAACUGAGCAAAGACAAAGCGUUCUAUUCGAUCAAUACUUCUUCAAAUGUCAAUGUGAAGGGUGCGUUGAGAUGAGCAAACCGUUACCUGUCGAAAAAUUAACUAAUGCGCAGAAGUAUGAUGAUAUCAUUUGCAAGUAA